UCACUGCCGACUGACAGAAGAGCGAUGCCGCUUCGCCACACCCCCCUUUUUAAAGACCCGCUGGCCAGCAUCACAGAACACAAGACAACACACGCAGUACGACAGAGGGAGAGCUGGACCAGGACACACAUUCACAGUUUAUCAUAAUAACACAACCCCACAACAUGGCAAACCGAGGACCGACCUACGGGCUGAGCAGAGAGGUGCAGGAGAAGAUUGAUCAGAAGUACGACCCUGAACUGGAGGGCAUACUGGUGGACUGGAUCAUCGCACAGUGCGGAGGGAACAUGGAGCGUCCUCAAGCGGGGAAAGCACACCUCCAGGCCUGGUUAAUGGACGGGACAUUGCUCUGCAGGCUGAUAAACAGCCUCUAUCCACGGGGCAAGGAGCCCAUCAAGAAGAUCCCAGACACACAGAUGGCCUUCAAACAGAUGGAGAAGAUCUCUCAGUUUCUCAAAGCUGCGGAAGCCUAUGGGGUUAUCACCACGGACAUCUUCCAGACAGUAGAUCUGUGGGAAGGUAAAGACAUGGCUGCGGUGCAGAGGACGCUUGUGGCUCUAGGCAGCGUGGCGAUAACCAAGGAUGAUGGAUUUUAUCGGGGAGACCGUAGUUGGUUCCACAGGAAAGCACAAGGGAACCGACGGGAGUUCUCCGAGGAGCAGCUUCGCCAGGGCCAGAGCUUGAUCGGGCUCCAGAUGGGCAGCAACCGGGGGGCCUCGCAGUCGGGCAUGACUGGGUACGGGAUGCCAAGACAGAUCAUGUAACCCCUCACUGCAGGAGCAUGGAAAGAGACUCGAGCAGCCCCAACCUUAAAGCCUGGCCCAACUGCCUUGGAUGUCAGGGGUCUGUGUAACAAAGCCAUGACUUGGAAAAAGGAUGUGUUAUACUGGCUGUGUCUCGCUCUCUAGCUACAGUUAUGGCCACAAGUUUGGCAUCGCCUAGAAUUUUAGGAUUUAGGACUAUAAAUAUAAUUGAUAUUUUAUUUAACGUCAUGUAAUCAAAGAAACUACAAAAUGAUACCGCAAUGGUCUACCGGAAAGAUCUAAUAGUACAGUAUUUAAUAUACAAGGUAAAAUUUUUCCAUUUGUCAGUUUUUUGUUUAAGUAUAUGGGGAAAACCUACACCGUGGUAUGUAAUUAAAUAUGUUAAAGUAACAUUAUUCAGCAGAUUUAAUUUGACUUAUGAAGCAAAAUGAGUUAAUUCUAUAGGGUGAUGCAAAACGUUUGGCCAUAGCUGUAUAUAGCUAUGUAUAGAUAUAUAGAUUGAUUGAUUUAUCUGUGUAUAAGGAGCAGUCACUGUAUGAUGCAGUACGUGCCAUACCACUGACACACUAUUGUGUUCCUUCUGCUCAUUUUUAUUUAUUUCGUGUUGUUUUAAGUUGACUAUUUAUUUUGUUCACUGCACUAUUAUCCUUGUGCAGUUCAGAUGCCCUUGUCUGUUAUAUAGUGUUGAAUAAAUGCUUUGUUUGAUUC